GGAGGGAGGGAGGGAGGUGUGCAACAAUUUCCUGUAGUUGCAUGCUGAUCUGAGUCUUUCAACCUUCCUCUCUAAGCUUGCUUGUCACAUAGAGGAGCACAGACGAAGCUGAGCGGAACAGGAUGCAGGCGAUCAAAUGUGUGGUCGUAGGAGAUGGAGCUGUGGGUAAAACAUGUCUUCUCAUCAGCUAUACAACCAAUGCCUUCCCUGGGGAAUACAUUCCCACUGUCUUUGACAAUUACUCGGCUAAUGUCAUGGUGGACAGCAAGCCAGUAAACUUGGGCCUCUGGGAUACAGCAGGACAGGAAGAUUACGACAGACUUCGCCCUCUGUCAUACCCCCAGACGGAUGUCUUCCUUAUCUGUUUUUCGCUGGUGAGCCCAGCAUCCUAUGAGAACGUCAGAGCAAAGUGGUACCCAGAGGUUCGUCAUCACUGCCCAUCCACUCCCAUCAUCCUGGUGGGCACCAAGCUGGAUCUGAGAGAUGAGAAGGACACCAUUGAGAAGCUGAAGGAAAAGAAGCUGGCACCCAUCACUUAUCCACAGGGUCUGGCUCUGGCUAAAGAGAUAGAUGCUGUUAAAUACCUGGAGUGUUCGGCCUUGACUCAGCGUGGCUUGAAAACAGUGUUUGAUGAGGCCAUCCGGGCUGUGCUCUGCCCUCAGCCUGCCAAGGUCAAGAAGAAGCCCUGUUCACUCCUGUAAAAGGACCAGAGAAGAGCAACGCCACAUUCAGACUCUUGACUCUGCCUUAAGAGAAGAUUUCAAAGUUUUUUUUGACCAGCGUUUCUUACAAAUUUCCACUGUAAUUGUAAAAAAAAAAAAAUACAUUUACAGAUACGAUUGAAUAGCCGGCAACAUCUAUCAGCAGUCUUCUUAUACUGAACAAGAUGCUGCAGUGGAUUUAACUUCUCUGUACAAGAUGGCUUUUUCUCUUAGCGACUGUCUCAGGUUUGCACGCUGUACUUUCACCCUAUGAGCUGAUGAGAUAAAUGUUCACUUUUUGGUGUCUCUUAUUUGCUAAAUAUAAAUAGCUGUCCAACAUAUCAGAGUAAUAAUUCUAGUUGCAAGUAAACAGUGUUUCCAUAAGAUGUGUUCAUCGUGUGUUGUUGAAUAACGUAAUAUAAUUGCAUGGCAAAACAUCUCAAUCAGAAGUGUUGGAAUAAGCCUUAUGAACUGAUAUAUUAUUUGUUGUGUUUUCAAAAUAAGAAAAAAAAUAAAUAAAGUGAGGUUUUAAAAAA